AUGUCCGAGUCAACCGCCUACACCAUUAUUCUCCACGGCAACGAUGCGACUGGCAAGUCGACUCUUGUCCCCGCCCUAAGAGCAGCCGGCGAGGUCAUCUACGCCCGCGGUGACGACGAUGCCACUCUCGAAGACACCAUCGUGGUGCGAUCCUUCGACAAGUUCACGCUGCGGCUUGCUGACGACGACCGCGGGCCGCUGCCCCAGUCCUACACGGACAAGGAUGGCGUCCAACGCCGCAUCGUGCGCAUCAUCCUCGACGCCGACCUUGACGUCCUGCAGGCCCGGCUCGCCAAACGCCCGAGCACCGACCAAUGGGAGUCGGAAAAGUCUCUCUUUUACUUCCGCGCGCGGUUCCUUGGUCAUCAGGAACUAGCGGCGUAUCACGGCCUGCCCGUCAUCAAUACCGGAGAGAAGAGCCUCGAUGAGACCAUGGCGGAGAUCAUUGCGCUCGCCCGCAACCCCGAGACCCUGGCCCUCUUCUCCAAGCUUGCACUACGCACACUGACACCCGAGGACGUCGCCUCCCUGGCCGACCGCCGCGCAGUCAUCGCCGGCGUCGACUAUGCCAAGAGACUCGAGGACAUCAUUGCCGCCGAGUGCGGCGAGACGUCCCUCUUCACGCCCGAAGACGUUCGCGCCCAGUGCCUUGAAGACCCGGGCCUCGUGCAUGCCCUUGUCAACCACCACGACAACCUGCACGACGCAGAGGCCCCCCUGCGCCUUCGCCAGAUCGUCGAGGGCGAGUCCAAGCAAAUCUACAAGGUCGAGUCGCCCCUCACCCACCACUUUGACAACCUCGUCCUCGUCUUCCUCAAGCCCACCAUCUACUCGCACAGCAAGCAGGCGACGGCCGAGAUUUCCGGUCUCAGCGCCGUCCGCGCAAGCGGCUCCCGCCUCUUCCUCGAAAUGCUCCACCGCGCCGGCAUCAGCCACACGUACCACGGCCUCAGUGCCCAUGGCCUAAUCUGGGCGCGCAGCACCGAGAUCACCCAGAUCGAGACGGUCUACAAGGAGCUCUGCGCCGGCACCGACAAGCACUCUUUCUUCGGCAUGGCCGCCGACCCCAACGUCACGCUGCCCACUGGUCAGUACAAGCGCGGGCCCUACGUCCGCUUCGACUGGCGGAACCCGAACCACGUCUACAACGGUGUCAACCCGGCCACGCACCCCUUCUACCACCUCAUGGAGGCAUCUGUGGGCAAGAACGCUUUUUACGACAAGUACCUCACCGGCCGCGCGAAGCCGCUCGGCGACAAGUGCGUGCCCGAGGAGCUCGUCCACAGCGUGCAGGCUGUCGAGGCGUCGGUCGACUGGACCACGCGCAUCUUCUUCACCAUCCAGCACUACCUCCACCAGAUCGGACUUGAGGUCCAGGACGGCUGCGUCAUGCUCGACCCGACCGGGCGCAUCAUGUGGUCCGAGAUCAACCAGGACUGCAUGCGCAUCAAGCGGCGCGAGCGGACCGAGACCACCAACGGCAGCCACCAGGGCGUCUUUGACAAGGAUGUCUGGCGCGCCGGCGGCAGCUCCGUCAAGGAGGCCAUCCUUGACAAGUGGACGCAGCUCAACGGGCUGCUCCGCGAGCACCUGGCCGGCCGCCCCUUUCACGAGAACGAAAUGGUCGCCGCCUUUGAGCCGUACGGUAUGCACGCGACCGAGGUGCUGGCGGACAAGACGCUGACGCUCACGCCGCGCUACCGGGCGCUGUACGAGCGCCUCGCCACGCAUGACCGCUCCCUCCUGCGGUCCGGGGGCUCGGCCGACAAGGCGGCCUCGGAGCGCCUGCUCGCGCUCAUGCAGGAGCACAUCUGGCAGGCCAUCGCCGCCGUGCCGCCGCUCAACGGGCACGACGAGGCCAAGCGCAUGGUGCGGCUCGCCAACACGUUUGCGCGCCGCGUCGGGCUACCCCCCGCCGAGGUGAGCGCGCUCAGCGACGCCGACGCCGAGACCAUUCUCGGGCGGACGGCCACGCCGCCCGGCUCCAAGGCCAUUGGCGUCACGGCCAACAAGUACGCCGACAAGACGGACGAGUUUGCGCUCGCGGAGCUCGGCAUCAAGCUCCUCCGCCCUACCGGCCGUUGCCUGCGCAUCACGUACGAACUCGUGGAUCAGGCCAAAUACACAAAGGCCUUUGGCGCCGGCGUCACCGUGCACUUUGUGCCGACCCGGCCCAAGGACAUGCCGGGCCUGCUCGCGCAGGGCAUGCUCGACGGCGCCGUCACGUACAGCUCCGUCAUGGACAACUUCCCGACCGUCGCGCGUCUCGUGGCCUCCACGCCCGACGCUGACAUUUCCCUCGCCCUCAUUCGUCGCCGCGGCCAGGCGAUUGACCCGCACGGAUGGAGCGCUGACCGGCCCGCCCGGAUCGUUGCCGAGCACGGACGCAUGGUCCGCGCCCACCUGGCAGGUCUCGGCGUCUCACCCACCACCUACGAGAUUCAGCACGUCCUCGGAUCGUCCGAGUCGUACCUGGUUAAUGACCCACGCGAGACGUAUCUUCUCUGCGAUGCCGUCAUUGCGACCGGUGGCACCAUUCAAGAAAAUGACUUGGACGUGUGGCAGGUUGUCAAAAAUAAGGGUGAGCUCCUCGUCGGCCUUUAUCAGCGUGUGUAA